AUGUCUGUGAAACACGCUUUAACACGGGGGCUCGAGUUGGGCCGGUCGGUCUUUCAGCUGGGUCUCCUUAAAUCGGGUGGCCGAGUCGUAGCAAAGCUCCGAGCUGACCGUUUCCGUGUAGGCCCGUCGGUCCGCACCGUCCAGCCUCAGGCUUUCCUGCCGUCUCGGUACCGGUAUUAUCGCACCUCUCUGAAGGGCCUGGCCGCUCAGCUUCAGUCCGCCGGAUUCAGGAGGAGGUUUGGCGGAGGGUCCCCGAGGAACAGGGCCGUGUUUUUGGCUUUCGGUCUCGGCGUUGGGCUCAUUGAACAGCAGCUGGAGGAUGACAGAAAUAGUGCGGCGACAUGUCAGGAGAUCCAGGCAGUGUUCAGCAAGAAGAGAUUCCAGAGCCCACUCAAGCCAUUCGUUUCUGGCUAUAAACUGGAAGAUUACAUUAUUGGGAAUCAGAUUGGGAAAGGCUCCAACGCCGCUGUGUACGAGGCUGCAGCUCAGUUUGCCCCAAAGAAUGAGAGCAACAGCAGGGACGCCCUACCUGCGGUACAGCUGAGAGAAGAGGAGGAAGAAAAGAAAGACAGCUCAUCUCUGUCAUGCUGCUCCCUCAAAACCUUCCCUCUGGCAAUCAAGAUGAUGUGGAACUUUGGGGCAGGGUCGUCAAGUGAGGCAAUAUUGAAAUCCAUGUCCCAGGAGCUGGUGCCUGCAGCUCCUCUGGCUUUAAAGCAGGAAAAAGAACUUAUCGCUCUGGAUGGUCAUUUUGGAGUCCUGCCCAAAAGAGUGUCAGCACACCCUAAUGUGAUCAGAGUGUACCGGGCGUUCACAGCGGACGUCCCACUGCUGCCAGGUGCACAGGAAGAGUAUCCAGAUGUCCUACCAUCCAGGCUUAACCCUGCUGGCCUGGGCAACAAUCGAACUCUUUUUCUGGUCAUGAAGAAUUACCCCCGUACGCUGCGACAGUACCUGGAGGUGUCAACGCCGGGCCGCAGGCAGGGCUCUCUGAUGGUGCUGCAGCUCCUCGAAGCCGUCGACCAUCUGUGCCGACAGGGUGUCGCUCACAGAGAUCUCAAGUCGGACAAUGUGCUGCUGGAGUUUGACUCUGAUGGUUGCCCUCGUUUGGUGAUUUCAGACUUUGGCUGCUGCCUGUCUCAGAGUGACUCCAGUCUGCAGCUGCCAUUCAACAGCAUGUGGGUCAGCAGAGGAGGGAAUGCCUCCCUUAUGGCCCCUGAGGUGACCACUGCAGUUCCUGGGCAUGGUGUUGUGAUUGACUACAGCAAGGCGGACGCUUGGGCCGUGGGUGCCAUCUCUUAUGAGAUCUUUGGGCAGCAGAACCCGUUCUAUCGAGGAUUGGGACUGGAGAGCAGGAGCUACCAGGAGAAGCAGCUUCCAGCUCUGCCCUCUUCUGUUCCAGCUGAUGUGCAGUUAGUGAUCCGCUUACUCCUCAGGAGGAACCCGAGCAAGCGCCCCAGUGCCCGUGUGGCCGCUAACAUGCUACACCUUAGCCUCUGGGGACGGAAGGCUCUGGCCAAUCAGGACGGCGCGGGGAUGAGGAAGCUUGCUGAUUGGCUGCUCUGUCAGUCUGCUGUGGUUCUCCUGAAGGGCUGCAGCGGCCCCAGCGGGACGAGGGUGGAGGCGGAACUACAGAGGAGCUUCCUGUCGAAUCUGGACCUGGAGGACCUGCGUACCGCUGUGGGCUUCCUACUGUAUGGGCGGGAGCAGCAUCAGGCCUGCAUACUGUCGGCAUAGAUUCUGUCUUUCAGACACUAAGCUUUAUGGGUAGACUCAGAGCAUAGGCCUCAAAACUUGCUUCAAUUUCUCAGUUAGAAAUAUAUUUGUAGUAGUUAUGGACAUAGCCGUUACAUCUUAAGGCUAGUAAGGUAAAAUCCCCUGACGCUGUACUCUUCCACUGUUCUCCAUCAUGAGUGAUAAUCAGUGUUUUCCAGCAGUUUCUAAACUGUGUAAUUCUUCUUUGUGGGUUUCCUGAUUCCACCUAAUCCAAUUCUGCUGAAAUUACAUUUCAUCAGGGUUUUCUGACAAUACUCAGCAGCAGCAGCAGCAGGAGUUUAAAGAAAGGGAAUGUGGGCACCUAUUUGAAUCGUGUCCUGUGUGUGCUUUGCAUCAUGGACUAUUGAGACUAUUGUUUAUGGAGAGGAAAAGAAAUGUUGUUUUUUCUAACCCAACUACAGAUAAUUACAUUUUGCCCUGAUGUGUGAGGUACUAAUAGCUGCAGAUAUUUCUGUUAUAAGAGUGGAUGUUUUCUCUCACAAACUGAUGCACUUUAUUAUUUUUUUUUAUAUUUGCUAGAAAAGAAACAUCCACCCUUAUGCAGUUGUUACCUGUGUGAUCAAGUUCAAAAUGUGUCUGUGGCUGCUGAGGUUUUGGACUCGGAAAGACGAAUGCUAAUGAAGAUUUUUACAAUUACCUGUAAUCUACACUUUUUAGACCCAAGGACAAAAUAAGGUUUGACAGAUUCUCAGCCAAACUGUUGCCGGUUGACAGACAUGGAUCAUGCAGAUAACCGACCGACCCUUCAGCAUGUUGUUUUGUCUUGUUUGUUGUUUGCACUUUAAGUCCAUGUUUGCACUUUCAGAGCCAUUUUCAUGGUUUACUGGUGUUUGUUUGACGCCUGCUUCACUGAAAUACCAAUUAUAUUCUGAUAAUAUUUUAAGUGAAAUGCCAAAUUUAUAUGAAUUCAGGGAUUACAGUGAUCUGCUAUCAGAGCUUAUCACGUCCACAUCAUAAUGUAUAAUUCAAAGAAUACCCCAGUGGUGACAUGUGAUACCAGUCAAAGAGGGUGUAAGGUUUCAUAGUAAAGAUGGUGUGGAAUAUUUUUGGAUUGAGUAGAUUUUGCUGCUGUGUUUUUGGGAAUAAACGCUUUUGAAAAGUC